UCCGGUUCUAUCUAUAAACUUCCGUCCGGCAAGGCUGGAUUUCCUUUUCCCAAACUGGUAGCCAACAUGGGACGCGUCAGGACUAAGACUGUGAAGAAGGCAGCCCGGGUCAUCAUUGAGAAGUACUACACGCGACUUGGUAAUGACUUCCAUACCAACAAGCGAGUUUGCGAGGAGAUUGCCAUCAUUCCUAGUAAGCCGCUUCGCAACAAAAUUGCAGGAUAUGUCACUCAUCUGAUGAAGCGUAUCCAGAGGGGACCAGUUCGGGGUAUCUCCAUCAAACUCCAAGAGGAGGAAAGGGAGAGAAGGGAUAACUAUGUCCCAGAGGUGUCUGCUUUGGAUCAGGAGAUAAUUGAAGUGGAUCCUGACACAAAGGAGAUGCUUAAGAUGCUGGACUUUGGCAGCCUCUCCAAUCUUCAGGUUACCCAGCCAACUGUUGGAAUGAAUUUUAAGACACCAAGAGGGGUUUAGUUGUUUUGUAAACUCAAUAAAGGUAACAUUUAAUGCCAACAAA